GGGAGGGCUAGGAUGAAAUUUGAAAAAAAUAGGCAGGACAGGAGUUUUGAGUAAAAAAAAAGGCAGGAUGAGAUUAUUUUCAAAAUAAAAAGGCAGGAUGACGAUUUAGUUAAAUAAAAAAUACAGGAUAAACUAUAAAAAAAAAAAAGCAGGACCGAAUAGAGGGAAAAAUAAAAAGGCAGGACAAUUUUUUUCAUCCUAGCCCCCCCCCAUAAAAAUCAAAUGGUAGCUCCCUCAGCAGAUUCUGCUCUUUAAGUGGCAUCCGAUGACAGUUGCUUAUGUAACACGUGUAAGUACAAACCUGGUGAUAGGUGAAUUUGGUAGGUCAGAUUUGGGGAAAAGGGGGACGCGAUUGUGUUUUUUUUUUGUGACCGUGGGGUUUGUUUUGCUCAGUUUUUAUUUUUUUUGUGUUGUAUUUUAUGAGUUUAAAUAUCCUUAUGGUAUAUUUUGCCUCUCUUUUAUUUGUAUGCUUAACACCAUACCAUUGAUUUGUUAAUAUUUCAUAGACGCUUGACUGGUUUUUCACUAGUCAUUUUUGGGGCCCUUAAAGGGUUUAUAGCUUGCUGUUUCUUGUGAGCCAAGGCUCCGUGUUUAAGGCCGAACUUUGACCUAUAAUUGUUUACUUUUACAAUUUGUGACUUGUAUCCAUGGAGAGUUGUCUCAUUUGCAUUCAAACCAUAUCUUCUUAUAUAUCUAUUGAUAAUGCUGAAGUUGUGAGUUCAACUUAGCAUGUAGCAAUUGCUUUCAAUUCCAAUCUUAAUUGAUUAAUAUAUAGAUAUGGAGAUGAGGUAUGAUUGCCAAUGAAACAACUAUAUAUAUGCAACAAAGUUCGAAUAAAGUGGAUGUUAGCAAUUAUAGGGCUUUUAUAGGCAACCAUACGGCCUUCAACAAUGAGGAAAACCCAUACUGUAUAAUCAGAUAUAAAAGGCCCCGACAUGACAAAUAUGAAACAAUUCAAUUGAGAAAACUAACGGCCUAAUUUAUAACAAAACAAUUUACGAAAAAACAAAUAUGACAGACAUGAAUCAACAAGAAUUACUGGCUCCUGACCUGGGAUAGACACAUAAAGAAUGUGGCGGGGUUUAACCUGUUUGUGAGCGCUCAACCCUGGGACAGUGGUGUAUAAAACAACACAACAUAAGAACAAACUAUUUAAAUCAGUUUAGUAAGGUUUAACUUAUCAAACUACUGUAUAGCCAGUCAAGGUCGUUAAAAACUUCCAUCAUCAUCGUCAGAUCUAUACAAAGAAAAGCAUCAAACAUAAAUACAGACCGGUCGUGGCAUCCCUCAUCCCUAAGGGAGCAACCAUCAGUCUCUUGGAUUUAUUCGUAGAAACCGUAAAAUAGCCUCACCUAAAGUUAAAGCUCAUGCAUUUAAAGCUCUUGUCCGACCAAAAUUAGAGUACUGCUCAACCAUUUGGGAUCCACAUUAAAAAUAGCAAAUUUCACAAAUUGUAAAAGUUCAGAGAAGAGCAGCCCGGUUCACAUGCAACCGCUUCCAUAACACCAGUCCAGUGACUGAAAUGAUGACAGACUUAAAUUGGUACCCACUUGAAAUAAGAUACACACUUGUUUUCUUCUACAAAAUUAUACACACAAUUGUUGCAGUCCCUACUUUUAACCUUUUGAUCCCACUAGACAAUAGAACUAGACAUAGCAAUCCACACUCAGUUAGGCAAAUACAAACAUCUAAAGACAGGUAUAAAUAUUCAUUUUAUCCACGUACAGUUAUAGAUUGGAACCAUCUGCCACAAAAAAUAGUGUCAUUCAGUACAGUACAGGGAUUCAAGCGUAUGAUCCCAGAAUCUGCUCUCAUCCCUUAGGCCUAUUUUCUAUCCUGAACUAUUAUUGUUAUCAAAUGUAUAUAGUUUUAUCUAAAUGUUAUUUUUCAAAUGUACAUACAUGAUUAUCUUGAUUUUCGAUUUUGUUUCAUUUUUUCUGGCUAUCUUGUAAAUUAUAUAAAUUAAUUUGUAUAUUCGACGCCCGGCGAAUAAUCUUCAAUAAUUGAAGGAUCGCUUGAAACUGAAAGAAGAAGAAAACUAAUAUCAUAGGUAUGCCGAAAAUGCCCUCUAUUACAGAUAUUGAUCCUACGUCGGGAGUACCGUAUGUCACAUUGAUGGAUCAAAUGCGGAAGACAGAUUCUCCAUCUGAUCCUACGUCGGGAGUACCUGAUCCAACCACGCUAACUGAGAGAUCUGACAUCUUUAUUACUCCUUCCAAAAUGCUUAUGAGCCUUUCAGGUCAGGGUCAAAGUGUUAUGGCAGUCUCACAGGCUCAAACAAUCACCUCAACUCUGAAACACGGGGAACAUUUCAUAACAGUACCAAUGUCUGUGGUAGCUACGCUUCAGAAAGAAACAACGGCAGAAGAAAGAGUUACCAUCCCAGUGCACCUUCUACAGCAAGAGAUACAGAAGCAAGCACAGCAAAUACAGCAACCUGAAGUACAGCAAGCUAGAAUUAUAGCCACAUACCCAGAAUCAGAAUGUUUUUCACCUGUUCCUCAGUUGAACAAGAGUAUAACAAGCAUUGCGGGAGCGCUGAUGUCUUUACCAAGUACCAAGCCAUCGUCACCGUCUGUUCUGACUGGUAUCCCUAGUCUUAUUCAUAAGUCUCAACCAGUCAGUACCACAUCAAUGGGCCCUGGUCUUGCACAGGAGCCACAAGCAAUUAGUGAGAUGACCAUAGCCAAUAAAAGUACCUUAGUUAUCCCUAGUACAUCUACUCAUCUCGAGAACAGCAGAGGGUUUGAGAAACACACAAAAACACAUAAUGCAGAGUUAGAGUUAGAGGAACACAUGAGAACACAUAAUGCAGAGUUAGAGGAACAUUUAAGAACAUAUAAUGCAGAGUUAGAGGAACAGAUGAGAACAUAUAAUAAAGAGUUAGAGCCUAUAAGAGCCCAUAAUGAAGCAUUAGAGAAACAUAUUAGAACACAUGAUAAAGAGUUAAGGAGACACACACAAAUAUAUAAAGCAGAGUUAGAGAAUCAUAUGGGAACACAUAAUAGAGCAUCAAAAGAACAAAUGAAAACAUAUAAUGCAGAGAUAGGUGAACAAAUGAGAACACGAAAUGUCGAAUCUAAGGAAUAUAUAAGAACAUAUAAUGCAGAGUCAAGAGAACACAUGACAACAUGUAAUGCAGGGUUAGAGGAAUAUAUAAGAACACACAAUACAGAGUUAAGGAAAUAUAUGGCAACACUUAAUACAAAAUUAGAGACACAUAUGAGAACACAUACUGACAAUAGGGCUUUGCAAUGUGUUAUUUGUUGUAAAGGAACUUCUUUGAAGCAGAAGUUACAGAGACAUAUGAUUGAAUACACUAGUGAUAAAUCUUAUCAAUGUGGUGUGUGUGGGAAAAGAUGGAAUAGUUCAGAGAUAAAGGAACAUGUGAAAACAUAUAAUACAAAGUUAGAGGAACAUAUGAAUCCACAGAAUGCAGAUAAACGUUAUCAAUGUGAUGUGUGUGGUAAAAAGUUUAGAUGGAGACAGAAUGUAUAUAGACAUAUCAAAAAAUGCACUGCAGAUAAACGUUACCAAUGUGGUGUUUGUGGUAAAGGGUUUAGUAGGAGACAGAAUGUACAAAGACAUAUCAUUAAACACACUGAUUAUAAGCAUCAUCAAUGUGAUGUAUGUGGUAAACAGUUAAGAAACCUAAGUACAUUAAAUGUUCACAUGAGAAUACACGCUGGUGAUAAACCUUAUGAAUGUGAUAUGUGUGGUAAAAGUUUUAUAAUUGCAGCUAACUUAAAACAACACACGAGAAUACACACAUGUGAUAAACCUUAUAAAUGUGAUGUGUGUGGUAAAGGGUUUAUACGUAUAGAUCAUUUAAAACUACACAUGAGAAUACACUCUGAUAAACCUUCUAAAUGUGAUGUGUGUCGUAAAGAGUUUAUAACUAAAGGUUACUUAAAAGUACACAUGAGAAUACACACUGAUGAUAAACCUUAUAAAUGUGAUGUGUGUGGUAAAGGGUUUAGAACUAUAGGUUAUUUUAAAGUACACAUGAGAAUACACACUGAUGAUAAACCUUAUAAAUGUGAUGUGUGUGGUAAAGGGUUUAUAACGUUAGGUACCUUAACAGUACACAUGAGAAUACACACUGGCGAUAAACCUUAUGAAUGUGAUGUGUGUGGUAAACGGUUUAUGACUAAAGGUAACUUAAAAGUACACAUGAGAAUACACUCUGGUGUUAAACCAUUUAAAUGUGUGUUUUGUGGUAAAGGGUUCAUGACUCUAGAUAACUUUAAAGUUCACAUGGGAACACAAACUGGUGAUAAGCCUCAUGAAUGUAAUAUUUUUGGGGAACACUUUAAUCAGAACUGUAAGUUAAACGUACACACAAGAAAACACACUGCUGAUAAACCUAGGCCUUAUGAAUGUGGUGUAUGUGGUAAAGGGUUUAAGCAUAUAGGUCUAUUAAAUAACCACAUGAGUAAACACACCGGUGAUAAACUUUAUAAAUGUUAUGUAUGUGGUGAAGGAUUUAUUCGGAUACGUGAUUUUAAAGUUCACAUCAAAACACACAACGUGCAAUGUUGAUAAACCUAAUGAAUGUGAUGUAUGAGGUUAAAGUUUUAAUCAAUUGAGUGACUUACAGGUUCACAUGAGAACACACUGAUGAUAAACCUAAUGAAUGUGAUCUAUGUGGUUAAAAAUUUUAAUCGAUUGAGUGACUUACAGGUUCACACAAGAACACACACUGAUAAUAAACCUAAUGAAUGUGAUCAAUGUGGUUAAAAGUUUUAAUCGAUUGAGUGACUUACAGGUUCACACAAGAACAUACACUGAUGAUAAACCUUAUAAAUGUGAUCUAUGUGGUUAAAGUUUUAAUCGAUUGAGUGACUUACAGGUUCACACGAGAACGGUGAUAAACCUAAUGAAUGUGAUCGUUGUGGUUAAAGUUUUGAUCGAUUGAGUGCCUUACAGGUUCACAUGAGAACACACUGAUGAUAAACCUAAUGAAUGUGAUCUAUGUGGUUAAAGUUUUAAUCGAUUGAGUGACUUACAGGUUCACGCAAUAACACACACUGAUGAUAAACCUCAUGAAUGUGAUCUAUGUGGGUAAAGAUUUAAUCGAUUGAGUGACUUACAGGUUCACAUGAGAACACUGAUGAUAAACCUAAUGAAUGUGAUCUAUGUGGUUAAAGUUUUAAUCGAUUGAGUGACUUACAGGUUCACACGAGAACACACAAUGUGGAUAAACCUAAUGAUUUUUUUUUAUAUGGUUAAAGUUUAAAUCGAUUGAGUGACUUACAGGUUCACACAAGAACACACACUGAUGAUAAACCUAAUGAAUAUGAUGUAUGUAGUUAAAGCUUACUAUGUUGUGUUUUUGACUGACAUCUCAUUGUAGUAUAAGUGAUAAUCAGUGUGAUAUACAUUGUAUGUGGUAAAAUGUUUAAUACACCUCAAAGCUCUAUGAAACAUAUACUUGUGAGAACACAUAUUGAUGAUGAGUUUAUAAUCUUUAUCAGUGAAAUGUACCUUGUAUGUGGUAAAAUGUUGAAUACACCUCAAAACUCUAUGACCAAAUGACACAGAAAUUAACAACUAUAGGUCACCGUACGGCCUUCAACAAUGAGCAAAGCCCAUACCAAGUCAGUUUUCUAUAAACUUAUUUAAUAUCAAGAAUAGGUUGAAUUAAAUUAUUUACUUGAUUACAUGUUACAUGUUUAUACUAUUUCUGUGAUUACAAUCCAAACAGCCAGUGA